UUAUGCUGUAAUGCUGACUUUUUGGAAUGACAUCUUUACCGCUAAUGGAAUAGAACUACAACGCACAGUAAAGAGCCACUAUACGAUUGCUCCUUGGAUUUCCUUUUGUUGGACAUUGUUCAAAUAAUAUCUGCGGGCUUCAGUCUGUUCUUUUAUUGGCUUUUUAUUCUGACAACUUUUCCCCAAACUUUACCCCAUCUCUGCGUAUCGCCGGAAAACUUUUUCCUGUCUGUGCCAUGGCAAAUACUUGCUUGCAGUUCAGCGGUUUCUUGGUCAGUUGUAUUGGCUGGAUUGGAAUAAUUAUUGCUACAGCCACCAAUGACUGGGUCGUCACCUGCAAGUAUGGCAUGAACACUUGCAAGAAGAUGGACGAACUGGGAGCCAAAGGCUUAUGGGCGGAAUGCGUUAUUUCAACAGCUCUGUAUCACUGCAUAUCACUGACUCAGAUUCUCGAUUUACCUGCUUACAUCCAGACGUCGCGUGCGCUGAUGAUCACUGCUUCGAUUCUCGGACUACCUGCAGUAGCUCUCGUACUCGUGUCCAUGCCCUGCAUCAAUCUGGGAAACGAACCCGAGAGCGCUAAGAGCAAGCGGUCAGUUCUGGGAGGAAUCCUGAUUCUGGUGAUAGCGGCGUGCGGGAUCGUGUCGACCGUAUGGUUCCCGAUCGGAGCCCACCACGAGCAGGGCCUCAUGUCCUUCGGCUUCUCCCUGUACGCGGGCUGGAUUGGAUCGGUCUUCUGCCUCCUGGGGGGGUCCAUGAUCAGCUGCUGCUCCUCCGACACCCCCGCCCAGUACGCGGAGGACCGCUUCUACUACUCUAAGCAGGGCGCCACUAACCCCGUGCCCCCCUCCUCCGCCAACCAUGCGAAGAGCGCGCAUGUGUGAGAGGGACGAACGCAGCGCGCGGGGCCGUCACUCAAAAAGGAUAAUGCCCCGCCUCUCCUCUCUUCCUCCGCCCACCUCUCCCCCACACAUUCGGUUACCAGAGGCUGCUCGGCGGCAGCAGGGAUUGUUUUUGUACUAAUAUUUCCUGUGCAGUAGAAAUAACCGUCUGCCCCUUGAAGUUCAACUGGAUUGGUAUCAGCCAACAGCAGGACCUGGUGCAGCGUCGUCCAGAUGUUACGCAACUCAUCGGCCGUGCCGCCAACUCUCUGUGUUAAAACAAAGGACUGAGAAAUUUGCUUCAAAGUACAAAAUACUUUUAAAAACUUUUUUUUUUGUUAAAUAAUACAUUGCUUUUUUCUAUUUUAAAUACUGAAUAUUUUUGUCAUGAAUGUUUAAUGUUUUAACAAUUUCAGUAGUCUGUAUUUGUUAGCAAAUUUCGAAAUCAUUUACAUAUGAUAUUAUAUGAUUCUGUGUGCAAAAUGUGCCUGAAAAUGAAAUACUGUAACUGGCUUUUCUGCUGAAUGAUUCCUCAUCUUUAGGUACAAUCAACAUAAACUCAAAAAGUGUUUCUCAGAAACAUUGAUGUUAAAGUGCUUUUAAAGUUACACAAGUGACCACAGAACAGAAUUGACUUCCAAAGAUAUUCCUAAUAUUAAAUGUUAAAAUCAUUUCUAACAUUUGCAUUUGGGGAAAAAAAACACAGAAUUUUGUGUCUUGGUUAUUUAUUGCAAUAAUUGUAUCUGUUAUAUUU